AAUGUCCACAAACAUUGGCGUAAUUCUCAAAGAUGUUCUUGACAUGAAAAUAGAAGAACUACCAGGAGGAGUACCUCAGCCUGAACCAGAUCAGGUGUGUUUAUCAAUGGGACCAGUUGGGAUCUGUGGUUCAGAUGUACACUACUGGCAAACUGGUAGAAUUGGGGAUUUCAUUGUCAAGGCUCCCAUGGUUUUAGGACAUGAAUCUGCUGGGACUGUGUGUGCUAUUGGAGGUGAUGUGAAGCACCUUCAAGUUGGAGACAGAGUGGCCGUAGAACCUGGAUAUCCCUGCUACACAUGUUCAGCUUGCUUGGGUGGAAGAUAUAAUCUUUGUCCAGAUAUGAAGUUCUGUGCAACUCCCCCCUAUGAUGGGUCUCUUUGCCAGUAUUACUGCCACAAAGCUGCAUUUUGUUUCAAACUCCCUGACCAUGUUUCCUUGGACGAAGGAGCUCUCCUGGAACCCCUUUCUGUUGCUGUUCAUGCUUGCCAGCGUGGAAAGCUCUCUUUUGGACAAAAGGUUCUGGUAUGCGGUGCUGGGCCCAUUGGUCUUGUUAACAUGAUGGUUGCAAAAGCGGGUGGUGCUUCUGUUACAAUCACUGAUAUAUCUGAGAGCCGCCUUGCAAAAGCAAAGGAAAUGGGCGCAGAUGCAAUAUUUCAUGUAACAAACCGAGACAGUCGUGAAACUGCUGAGGAAAUUGUGAAUCUGUCUGGAUACUCUGAUUUGACAAUCGAAUGUACUGGGGUUGAAUCAAGCAUCGGUACAGGUCUUUGGGCAACAAAACCUGGUGGUUCUUAUGUCCAAGUUGGUUAUGGAAAAGCGGAGGUUAAUUUUCCAAUUGUUGCUGUUGGUAUUAGGGAAAUUGAUAUCUAUGGGAUCUUCCGUUAUGCUAAUUGCUACCCAAAAGCUCUUGCAUUAGUUGCCUCUGGAGCUGUCAAUGUCAAAAGUCUCAUAACCCACAGAUUUCCACUAAAGGAUGCUCUUAAGGCUUUUGAACUGACAAAAGCAGGCACUGGUGUCAAGGUUAUUAUCGAUUGUGAUAAUUAGUGAUUUUUGAGAUACUCUCGUUUUACAUCACACUUGAAUUAAAGCAUAAA